AUAUUUUUCUGGUCAUGAAACUCCCGCGUCACUCAAUGGGAGAGCUUCAUAUACCGCCCGCACUUUCCGCGCCGCGGCGCUGGCGUAGCUAGACGGGGGACGAGGAAGCCGGCCCGGCCGGCUGCUCUGUUGGCCGCCAUUAGCGGACUGUUGGCGCGGAGUUGUGGUGGUCGUGCUGAUCGCCCCCCUUUUUAGCUUUUCGCGGUCGCAUCGUGUUGACAGCGAUGCCCAACACCUGCUGCGUGCCGGGCUGUCAUUCUGGAUACAAGGGCACCGUCGAAAAAGUUUCCCUGUUCUGUUUACCAGCCAACGCAGAACAACGCGUCAGGUGGAAACGUGCGAUCCCGCGACAGGAGACUGCCGGAUUUUCGUUCGAAUCAAAGUACGCUCGCGUGUGUGAAAAACAUUUCGACGCCAGUGACAUUGUACGUGCGGACGUGUGCACUGUGAACGGAGACAUCGUUUCGCUGCCCCGAGAACGACCGAGACUGGUGGAAGACGCCGUACCAAGGAUUUUUGAAGGUUUGCCUUCCUACCUCUCGAAACCAAAGCAGCGUUCGCGUGCAACGAAGGGCCCACCUCUAAAAGGCCGCGAGAGCUUUCUCCGGAUUGUGAUGCGACAGUCGCGAAUGCAGACGUCUCCAGUGCAGCCGACAAAGAAAUCGAAGGUAAGUCUGGCACAAAGUUUGCAAGUAUCCUACCCGCUCACCACGCUAACAAAAUUCGCUCACUACGCUAACCAAAUUGGUUCCUUCCCUUAUAAAUAUUGCCCUUUCUCACUCUUUGCAGAUGUUGUGAGAACUGAGAAUCGCAAUGGCUACGCUGAUGCAGAGUGUCAAACAGAGGUCACCGUUUGUUCAGCGUCGGAGCUACAGAGAGUGAAGGCCCAACUUCGCAGCGUGAAGCAACAGCUUCAGUCAUGUCAGCGGAAACUCACAAAAGCGGAGGCGCACGCGAAUAGAAAGAAUGGAGUGUAUGCAGAUAUUCACAAGCUUUCAGACCGCGAGAAGCUCAUUAUAGACCAGUGCAUCAUGAAAGCAAAUAUGAAGUCUGCGAAAGCAGCACGGUGUCCUCAUGUUUGAUGAGAUGAGCGUGAGAAAGAGCCUUCACGUCAGGGAAUCGGAUAUGGCACUGCUUGGAAAGGUGGACUUAGCAGAGCACACGAAGCCGACUGACCAAGUGAAAGAUGGGGACCACGUGUUGGUGUUCCUUUUCCGACCAUUCCUUGGUGGCUGGUCGCAGACUGUCGGAGCGUUUUGCACGUCCGGGGCUGCACCAGGAUCCACUGUUGCCAAACUGAUCCUGCAGUGCAUUGUACUCCUAUCGAAUGCCGGCGUCAUUGUGGAGGCAGUCACUUGCGAUAACUCAACUUCGAACCGAUCAGCACUGAACUCCUUGGGUAAAUAUUUGCAGUCAUUAUUUAUUUUCAAGGUAUUUAGUAAGUGAUUUUAAUAAUAGAAAUGCCUUUCUUUUAGGUGUCAGUGGUGAUGUCACAAGAGUAUCAACAUCGUUUGAGCAUCCAUGUGACUCCUCCAAAGUCAUUCAGGCUAUAAUUGACCCGCCGCACAUCUUCAAGUGCAUCAGGAAU